UACAAGAGACUAGUUUGUAUCACCGUCAACAUAAUGGAGUCUGUAUUGAAAAUAAAUCCAGGAGCGACAAAAUGGGACAUUCGUCAAAAAGUUUGGGACUACAUCGAAGACAAGAAUCUGGCCAACUUCCCGAGGCCUGUUCACAACAGAAUCCCAAAUUUCAAGGGUGCAAAUGAAGCAUGUAACAGGCUUGCAGUCCUGCAGGAGUUCAUAUCCAGCCAGACAGUCAAAGUAAACCCAGACAGACCCCAGCAGCAGGCCCGCUUUGUCACACUGGAAGGUGCUUUCACAGCCUGUGCCAAGGUGACUGAGCUGCAGGUGUUCACCCAGACAACUGAGGUGAAGGUGGAUCCUGAUAAACCUCUGGAGGGUGCCCGGCUGGGGGUGCUGCAGGCACGAAAAACUUUAUUGGUCCCAACUCCUCGUCUUCGUACCGGUCUUUUCAAUAAGAUCACUCCCCCCGAGGGGGCCAACAAAGAACAGCUACGCAUAUGCUCUUCCUCUCAGGGUGUGAAGGAGUUUAGUGUCCCUGUUGGUCUUGACGCAAAAGUGAAGGUGGACCUGGUUGUGGUUGGCUCUGUGGCAGUGUCAGAGAAAGGCUUGCGUAUUGGGAAGGGAGAGGGCUUUGCUGACAUGGAAUAUGGCAUGAUGGCCUCAAUGGGAGCUGUGGAUGAGUCUACUGUGGUGGUUACUGUUGUCCAUGACUGCCAGGUGGUGGACAUUCUAGAGGACCUCAUUGAAAGUCAUGACCUGACUGUGGACUACAUCCUCACUCCUACCAGAGUUAUUAAAACAAACUGCCAGUACCCCAAGCCACAGGGAAUCAUCUGGACUAAGCUGGACACAGAAAAGCUGGAGAAGAUCCCGAUCCUGAAGAAGCUGCGUGCUCUGGAGGAGCAGGCAGGAAAGGAUGUUACACUGGGGGCGGCGCCUGCUACAGCACAGCCUGCUUUGCAGUCUAAUCAACCCAGAAGGCAAACCAGCCGGAGGCCGAGGCAGAACACACAGCGUGAUACUGAGGGAGAAUUCAAACAGGAUAAAAGAGGAGAGUCAGAACAGAAAGCUAGACAGCGCCCAGCUAGAGUAAGGAAGGAAAGCAGAGGAGAUGGCAGGGGAACUCGUGAGGGAGAAAUCAGUGAGAGAGGAAAAAAUGAAGGGCACAAGAAGGAGAGGAGCCUAGAGGAGAGUAGAGGUGAAGUUACGUCUCAGUGUAAACUCCCUCAGAGUGUGACCACAGUUUACCUGGGGGGAAUCCCUACUGGGCUGCGUGUUAGCGAGCUGAAAAUGGCCCUCCGAGAGAGGGAGGCCGUGCCACUGAGGCUCACCUGGCAGGGAGCUCAGCAUAGAGCCUUCUUGGACUACAGCGACCCACAGGCUGCAGACAAGGCCCUGGAGGCUCUGCAGGGUCUCUGUCUCAAUGAUCACAAUCUGCAGGCUGAGUUGGCCAAAAGCCAGCGGGGAGGCAGGAGGUCUGGUACAUCCAAUAGGAGACCAAGACCAUUAGCUGCUCCAAAAUCAAAAGUAGCACCAUCAGAUAUGAAGGAUGACACCCAUGAAAAGACUGAGGAGUAAUAGCAAUAAGCAAUAAACAUCCCAAGAGGUGUUACUUUUGGAGCAGCUUAAAUGCCUUACUUUUAUUUAUAUAUGGAUUUAUUACAGAGGGACCUUAGAUAUAUAAAGUGAUAGUCGAUGCUAACAAGCAUAACAAAAUAUGAAUAAAGGAUGCGCAAAUUUUCUGGUAUGUGUCCUGAGUGUUCCUCAGACAGUCUUCAUUCCUUGAAGGCUUCUUUUUUUUGAGUGACUUAUAGUAUAGAGUUGAGAGUUGUUGUAGAGUUGUUUUUCAUGCAAACCACAGACAGUAUAUACAGUCUAUUUUUAAACUACAAGUGUUAAGUAAACUAUAAAUGCUCUUUACAUUUUAUUUCCAACAAUCAUUAUAAGCUCCAAAAAAGUUCAAAAUGUUCAGCCAUGUUUGUCUCCUUGUUGCUUAUCUCAAAAACAUUUUAUAAAGGCCAUGGGCCAACGAACAGCUGGUCAGCUUUUGGUGCACAUAGCACCGCCAUGUGGUCAUUUAAAAAUAUGUUAUUGUUGCUGAUAACUCCUGAACUGUGGAGUGUUCAAGUUCAAAAUGCCUUGGUCCAACAUGUACUUAUCAUUUUCCUUGUUGUUGUAUUUGUUUUGGAGUUUUUUCUGCAUAGCAUCCUUUUUUCAGUUUUAUGCAACUUCAGCCAAAUUUCAAAGAGAUCUGAACAAAUGAUCUAAAUUUAUUGGCAGUUUGAUUACAUACUACGGCACCGUGAUGCAUUUAAAUUGCCGCAAGUAAGAACCUGUGUGUGAAGUCUUAGGUGUAAAUUUGUUACAUUCAUACUUGUAAAAUUUGUCCAAUUUAAGUAUUCUCCAAAUACCACAUCUUUGAGUGUAUUUUGAUUAAGAUUUUGAUGUAGAGAUAAAGCUUCAAAAUGUAUAGCAGUAUUCUGUUCAGUAAAACAACAGAUAUACAAGUUUGUUAAACCUUGUUGAGGCUCUUUGGUUGCUAUUGGUUAUUGGGCUUUGUACUUGCUUAGAAAUAGACCUUGCUUCUUUAAACACUAAUAUUGUACUCUUGAUUAAAAAUGACUUAUUCAUGGCAUUCUGUUGUUCCUUAGUUCAACUUCAAGUACGAUGCCACCCUCACCAUUUAGCAUGAGAAACACUCAUACAUGAACUGCUCCGAUGUUAAUGCGUCUGUAACACGUUAAAGCAUUCUCUACUAAAGCAUUUGACUAUGUUGGUUAAGGCUUAGUUUCUUCUUUUUUUCCUGACAGACGUGGGCUGUAUGUUAUGUUGAUUGUGACAGAUAUUCCAGCAAUGAUCCAUCUUCACAUUGUUUUGCAGCUUUUACGAAAUUAUGCUGAUUUAGCUUUUGGAACUCAAGUUGUAAACUUUGAAAAUCCAACUCAUACACUUAAACUUCAGUUGUCAGAAAGCCUGUUACCCGUCAAA